AAGGAUGACUACGAUGAUGAUGAGUUUGAGGCAUCUGUAUCCUCUGUAAAGAAGGAGGAGGAGCCAGUGAAGGAAACCUGUGCAGAGGGUACUGAGACUUCUAAGGACGAAUAUGAUGAUGACUUUGAGAUGGAGGGAACACCGUCGACAGAAGUAGCGCCAAAGAAGGCCUCCAAACAUAGCUCUAUUUCCAACGGGAGUAGCAUCUCUGAAGUAAAGAGUGAGAAGUCGAAUUCUGCUCACGAGAUUGAUGAAGUACCAGAUGUGGUAGAAAAUACUGCUGCUCCUGCUACUGCUUCUACCUCUUCCCGUUCAUCAUCUUCACGUUCCAGCUCCCUGAGUUCCUCAAAAGAAAUCAGCUUGCAUGAUAUCGGAAAAUCAGAGAAGGAAAGUGACGAACUAUAUAAAAAAAAAAAAAAAGGAAGGUUUAUACUUGUCACACAAAGACAGUGUGAAAACUAG